AUGGUUACUACUGAUCUUCCACAUGAUUUAGAAACAGAGAUACUCUCUAGGGUUCCGGCCACUUGUCUACAAAAAUUGCAAACUACUUGCAAACGUUGGUACGCUUUAUUCAGAGAUCCGAGAUUUGCCAAGAAGAACUUUGGCAAAGCAGCAGCGCAGGUGAUCUUAAUUAAUGAUUACAGGGGUUAUUCAGCCACAUUAAUGGAUACUCUAAUUCAUAGAGUCAAUCUCCAUGGAAUCCAAAACAGCUUUGAUCCAUCCUUUGAGGUUGCAGUUGAACUUAACAAGCUUAAUGAUUCGGAACAGUUCAAGCUAUCGUCCAUCUUAACUCACUGCGAGGGUUUAUUAUUGUGCACUACAGAGGACAGUAAACUCGUGGUUUGGAACCCUUGUACUGGUCAAACCAGGUGGAUCCAAUCCGGUGAUUAUUGGUAUUCUCCUCCUAAGUUUGAAAUCUAUGAGUUCAACUCUGAAUAUUCAUGGAGGGUUCUUGAUGACGUCUCUCCUAAAUUUUUCAUUCACUCUAAUGGCGUGACUCUCAAGGGAAAUGCCUACUGGUACGCUUCAGAUAAAGAAGACCCCCUCUUUGUUUUCAUACUAAAGUUUGAUUUCGCUACCGAGAGAUUUGGACGUAUGCGUCUCCCUCUAUCUUUUAAGAGAACUAGUUAUGUUGGUGUGGUUCUCUCAGUUGUUAGAGAAGAGAAACUUGCCUUGUUACAGCAACAUGGGGUUGGUAUAGAUUCAUUAAAGAUGGAUAUAUGGGUGACCAAAACUAAGAUGAUCGAUGAGGCCAAAGACUUGUCGUGGAGCAACUUCUUAGUAGUGGAUUUGGGUAAAGUUAUGUUACCAGGACCAGAUGUGAUGAGCCAUAUUAUAAGUUUCUUGGUUGACGAGAAGAAUAAAAUGGUUGUGUGUUGUGAUACAGAGUUACCAAGUUUGACUGAUCCAAUGAGGACCAUGACAAAAUUUUACUUUGCUAUAGAGGGUAUACAAGUUCAUAAUUUGAUUGUACAAGAACCACAGGGUACUGCUUGGCCAUUUCUCGUCAGUUAUGUUCCUAGUUUGGUUCAAAUUCAUUGA